GGAUAAGUUAGCAUCGAACUAACCUGCAUAUAAACAAGACCCAGACCAGCCUGUAGCGUGCUCCGAUAAGAAAGAUAGCAGGGGCCCACCGAAAAGUUGAGAGCCCCCACUACUCACUCCAUCGUGGACGAACACCAUCGUGAGCACCAUCGUGACAUCUACAUUGAAACAGUCCACGGUUACAUUGCCAACCUGAUCAAGAGGGUCGCAUGAGCAGUGACGGUCGACUCACCGCCGAACACCUCCCCGAAUCGCCCAAAAUCCUCUCCUGUGCUGUCCAGUGCUGUGCUGUGGCGCCACCCUUUGCAAGCUGAUCGCCCAAAAUGCCGACCCGAACAACAGGGCCGCCGUCGCAAGGCGGCAAGAAGAAGGCCAAGCCAGCGGAGUCAAGAACGAUGAAACGGAAACGUACAGUCGACGACCUCGCCCACUUGAAGAAAGCACUCGACGAAUUCGACCCGAAAACUUGUCUCAUACAGCGAUUUGCCGACCUCCCGCUCUCCCAAAAGACAGCCUCUGGUCUUGAGCGGUCGCACUUUCAAACCCCGACAGCAAUCCAAGCCAAGGCCAUCGGACUCGCCCUCAAGGGCCGUGAUAUUCUCGGGGCCGCCAAGACGGGAAGUGGCAAGACGCUGGCUUUUCUGAUCCCCGCCCUCGAAGCGUUGGUUCGUCAGCAAUGGACCGAGCACGACGGGCUCGGCGCCUUGAUAGUCAGCCCGACGAGAGAGCUGGCCGUGCAAACAUUCGAGGUUCUCCGCAAGAUCGGCCGGUACCACAGUUUCUCCGCUGGCUUGGUCGUCGGAGGUAAAAAUCUCAAGGAGGAGGCCGACCGUAUGGGACGAAUGAACAUCCUGGUUUGCACUCCUGGCCGAAUGUUACAGCAUUUGGAUCAGACUGCCGGGUUCGAUGUCGACAAUCUGCAGAUACUCGUCAUGGACGAAGCCGACCGUGUCCUCGACAUGGGCUUCCAAAGUGCCGUCGAUGCCCUAAUCGAACAUCUGCCAAAGCAUCGCCAAACCCUACUUUUCUCUGCCACCCAAAGCCGCCGAGUCUCGGAUCUUGCGCGUCUGUCCUUGAAGGAACCCGAGUACAUCGAUGUCCACGAGACUGACGAGUCUGCAACUCCGACUACUUUGGCCCAGCAUUAUCUGGUAACACCGCUGCCCGAGAAGCUCGAUACCUUGUAUUCAUUUAUCAAGGCGAAUCUAAAGAGCAAGAUGAUUGUCUUUUUGUCAUCGGGAAAGCAAGUUCGAUUUGUCUUCGAGUGCUUCAAGAAAUUACAACCGGGUAUCCCUCUCCUACAUUUGCACGGUCGCCAGAAACAAGUAGCACGUCUAGAAAUCAACCGCAGAUACACUUCGGCCCAAUAUUCCUGCCUCCUUGCGACCGACGUUGUGGCCCGUGGAGUGGAUUUCCCAAAGGUGGAUUGGGUGGUCCAGGUUGAUGCUCCCGAGGAUGCAGACACGUAUAUUCAUAGAGUCGGACGAACAGCUCGUUAUGGAAGCGACGGCAAGGCUAUCCUCUUCCUCGAUCCGUCAGAAGAAGAAGGGAUGAUCAAGAGUCUAGAGCGCAAGAAGGUUCCGAUACAGCGAGUCAAUGUACGAGAGAAGAAGAAGCAAGCGAUCACUUCACAGAUACAAGAUUUGUGCUUCCACAAUGCCGAUCUGAAAUAUCUUGGACAGAAGGCGUUUAUCAGUUACACGCGUAGCAUCAGUCUGCAAAAAGAAAAAAACAUCUUCGACCUCCGGGCGUUGGAUCUGGAAGGUUACUCUGCUAGCUUGGGUCUUCCUGAAAUGCCGCACGUGAAGCAGCAAAGGCCAGAAGAUAUCAGGAAGCUUAAGAACAGAUCCCGGGCCGAACUGGACCUCUCAAGUGGGUCCGAGUAUGACUCGGAGGGCGAGAAGGUCAAGAAGCUCAGCAAGAAGGACGAGGUCCGCACAAAAUAUGACAAGAUGUUCCAGCGUGAAAACCAGGACGUCCUGUCGAAACACUACGCAGACCUCCGCGACGACGAAGACGAGGACGAUGAUUUCUUCAACACGAAGCGCGUGCUCAAGGGCGAUGAGCUUGACUCAGCGGCCAAGGACGGCGUGGAUCCCAGAGGAAAGGUCGUUCCAGUUUACGGAGGAGCAGAACUCGUCGUCGACUCCAAGCGGCGAGAGAAGAUGCUCACGUCCAAGAAGCAAAUGCUCAAGUACAAGGGCAAAGGUACAAGGAUGGUCUUCGACGACGACGGAGAAGCACAUCAAUUGUAUGAGCUCCAGGGCGAGGACGACUUCAAGCAAGAAGGACCGGUGGAUGCUCUGCGGCAGAAAUUUGUGGAGGAGGAAGCGAAGCGUGUGCGGGAGGCCGACGUGGACGACAAACAAUUGGCCAAGGAAAGAAGACAAGAGAAGAAGAUCAAGAGGAAGGAGAGGGAACGCAUGGAGGCUGCCGGAGAAGACAUUGCUGGCGGAGAUCCGGCCACGCUGGGCACUUCGGAGGAUGCAGAGCGGGCCUUGGACUUGCUGCGAUCACUUCCUGUCGCUGGUGAGAGUGACGGCGAGGACGAGCGACCAAAGAAGAAGGCCAAGAAGUGGUUCCAAGAUGAUUCGGAGGAUGAAAACGAGAAGGAAUCUCGCAAGGGCAGAGGCAAGGUCAUUGAGGUCACGGACGAGCCCAACACUUUGGAAGAUUAUGAGGCUCUGGCGGCAGGUCUACUUGAGGAUUAGAUUUGCUCUACUAUACCCACUGUACGUACAGUCAGGCGCCGAAGAAAGAUGCAUGCGGGAAGGCAUAACAAAACAACCUUUUUAGCGUUCUCCUCUCGUGGUGCACACAUGGCGGUGCUGCCUGCUUAUCCCGUCAAGGAGUCAUUUGUGCUGCUAAUAUGACCUGCCCAAUGCAGAAGAUGCCGAGAUAGGUAGACGUCUUGUUUUAUUGUUAUUUUUUAUUCAGUCCAUUGACAUGAUGCCAUGCCGAUUUACUAACCAACAUAGCUGCUCAUGUUCCAAGCGUUUCCAAGUGCUGCAAUACUAAAGUUAUG